CAUAUUGUUAAAUAGAGAAGGAAGGCUUUGAAUAAAUAAAUAUAAUUAUCAUCUAGCCAACAUGUCAACUCAUAGUAUUGAAGCAAAGAAUUUUGUAAAAUUCAAUGAUGAAUACGUUCUUGAUAUUUAAGACUAAUCGACAACAACUUAAUUUAAAUAAUGCAGCAAUGCUAAUUCUACGACUUCUGCUUUUACUGAAAUCAAUUGUAGGAGUAAACCAACUAAAACACAAAGUAUUUUUCAAAUAUACCCAAAAGGAAGUCUCUUGACUUUAACCCCAUAAAUCAGUUAGAGAAGAGGUUCUCAAUCUUUGGCAGACCAAACAAUGAGAAAUGAAGAUGACGUAGAUAUUUUCCAAAUAUUAGUCAUGUGUCUUAAACCUUUAUGGAAAGAAAUCUCAAUAUAUCAUAUAUUGGUAUGAUGUUAAUAUUGAUCAUAAAUAUGAGAUCCUCAUAAAAACUACUAAAGUUUAAAUAACAAUUGGAGAUCUUAUUUAGCUUGCGAUAAGUUAAUUUAAUGAAUAAAAUGAAUACUUACAAACUCCAUUUUCAUCAGAUGUUAAUAAUUAAUAUUUGUAUGAAUUGUACAUUCCAAAAAAGAAAAAGGGGACUCCAAAUGAAGAUUUUCCAUGUAGUCAUAUUGUUAAAUUAUAGGCUUUGCUGAUUCAACCUUGUUAUCUCAAUCAAAUCAAACAGAGUUUGCUCUUAAGGUUACCUUAAAAUAAUCAAAAUAUUAAACAAGCCUUUCUAAUACAAAACACUCAUCAACAAUUAAGCAAAAUGAAAAAUAAGUAUUAGGCUCAAAAAACUCUAGUUCAAAGAAGAAGAACCUAUUUCAAUCGUUAUUCUUUUGUUGUAAUUAAGCAGAAGAUUAUUGAAAUAUUUUGAAGGUUAAACUGUUUAAUGCUAC